UGUCUUCUCUAUCUCAGAAAAAAAUGUUUCCUUCUCUUGUUUGUACUGACAGUGUUUAUACAGAAAACAAAAUUCCACAGCAAUGACGCACGAAAAAAGAACUAUCAGAAAAAGGUCUUUCACUUUCAGCAUAAACACAAAAUAGCAAAUGAUGGACACGAAUCUACUGGAUCCAUCCCCUAAGGCUAUACAAACCCAGUGGUGCUUACAGUCAGGUGCUGUAAGAUGAGAACUUUAAGGAAAUAAGAGAAAAACAGCUCGUAAGAGCAAAGCGAAUUCUUGAAACCACCAGACCACUGUUUGCUUUCUGCCGACGAACAGGCCCCACAACGAACCACGAUGAAGCUGACCGCGUGUGUAGUACUGCUGGUGGUGUUAGCGCUCCUCCUGCCCGAGGAGUCGGCAGGGUGGUGGAGGAGGAGACGCCGACGGAGCUGUAGCCGGGUGAACUGCGCCUGGGGAAACUGGGGAAGCUGGGGGGCCUGUACCGCUCCUUGUGGCAACUCGGGGACCCAGACAAGAUCCAGGAGCGUUGCGAGAGGUGCCCAGUGUGGAGGAGCGGGGUGCAGUGGGAGCAGCAGUGACACACAGGCCUGUAACAGGGGCUGUCCCAACGGAACUCCUUCCGGGGCAAGCUGCGUGUGUACGGGGACGGGAUACACCGGGACUUGCUGUGACACAGACAUAAAUGAGUGUAAGGACGGCAGCCACACCUGCCACCCUGUGCACGGAGUGUGUACCAACACAGAUGGAGGUUACACUUGCACCUGUGCUGAGGGGUACACUGGAGACGGGCAUAGAUGCAUCCCCAUCAAUGACUGCACUGCUAACAGUCACUGGGAGCGCUGUGGGUCUGCCUGCCCGCAGACAUGUGACUCCAGCCCGUUCCAGAUCUGCCCGGCAGUAUGUGUGCUCGGAUGUGUGUGUGACCGCGGAUACGUCCUUCACAACGAUGUCUGUAUCCUCCCUGAUGAUUGUCCCCCAGAAGGUGCAGGAACAGAGUGGCAGCAAGUAAGUGGACGGCUCAAGUUCGUGUCCGUCGGUCGAUCCGGUGUUUGGGGAGUGAACAGUAACAACCAGAUCUACUACAGGACUGGGACGUACGGGGACGAGGCUUCUGCGGGCACGGGCUGGGUCAACAUCGCUGGCUCCCUCAAACAGAUCUCAUCCGGUAACAACAUCGUGUGGGGAGUCAACGGCAACGACGAUAUCUACAUCCGACUGGGAAUCAGCUGGAGUUCUCCCAGUGGCUCCAGCUGGCGCCAUAUUCCAGGAAAGCUGAAGCAGGUGCACGUCAGCCCGACUAGUAACCAAGUGUGGGGCGUCAACUCGGGGGACAACAUCUACCAACGGACUGGCAUCACUGCCAGUAACCCGGCAGAGCCAACCCCCCCACCGCCCCCCCAGCAACUUACACCAAUGCCCACAGAGAAGCCGGUGAAGGAGGCUAGCUUUGGUGACUGUCUGUCAUCUUCUUCUAGCUAG